UUAAACAUUUAGCGUGAGUGCAUCUCCAUCCAUGUUGGCCAAGCCGGUGUCCAGAUUGGCAAUGCCUGCUGGGAGCUCUACUGUCUUGAACAUGGUAUCCAGCCAGAUGGGCAGAUGCCCAGCGACAAGACCAUUGGGGGAGGAGAUGACUCCUUCAACACCUUCUUCAGUGAGACUGGAGCUGGCAAACACGUCCCCAGGGCUGUGUUUGUGGAUUUGGAGCCAACAGUUAUUGAUGAAGUGCGCACUGGAACCUACCGCCAGCUCUUCCACCCCGAGCAACUGAUCACUGGCAAAGAAGAUGCUGCUAACAACUAUGCCAGGGGGCAUUACACCAUUGGAAAAGAGAUCAUUGACUUGGUCCUUGACAGGAUACGCAAAUUGGCUGACCAGUGCACAGGUCUCCAGGGUUUUCUGGUCUUCCACAGCUUUGGUGGUGGCACUGGCUCUGGCUUUACUUCCUUGUUGAUGGAGCGCCUGUCCGUUGACUAUGGCAAAAAGUCCAAGCUGGAGUUCUCCAUCUAUCCAGCUCCCCAAGUAUCCACAGCUGUCGUUGAGCCCUACAACUCCAUCCUAACCACCCACACCACCCUGGAGCACUCCGACUGUGCCUUCAUGGUAGACAAUGAAGCCAUCUAUGACAUUUGCCGACGGAACCUUGACAUUGAGCGCCCCACCUACACCAAUUUGAACAGGUUGAUAGGCCAGAUCGUGUCCUCCAUCACAGCCUCCCUGCGAUUUGAUGGUGCCCUGAAUGUAGAUCUGACAGAAUUCCAGACCAACUUGGUGCCCUACCCCCGAAUCCACUUCCCUCUGGCGACCUAUGCCCCGGUUAUCUCUGCUGAAAAAGCCUACCAUGAGCAGCUUUCUGUAGCAGAGAUCACUAAUGCUUGCUUUGAGCCAGCUAAUCAGAUGGUGAAAUGCGACCCUCGUCACGGUAAAUACAUGGCCUGCUGCCUGUUGUACCGUGGUGAUGUUGUUCCCAAAGAUGUCAAUGCUGCUAUUGCCACCAUCAAGACCAAGCGUACCAUCCAGUUUGUGGACUGGUGCCCCACCGGUUUCAAGGUUGGUAUCAACUACCAGCCCCCUACCGUGGUCCCCGGAGGUGACCUGGCCAAAGUGCAGCGUGCGGUCUGCAUGCUGAGCAACACCACGGCCAUUGCUGAGGCCUGGGCCCGCCUGGACCACAAGUUUGACCUGAUGUAUGCCAAGCGUGCCUUUGUCCACUGGUACGUUGGGGAAGGGAUGGAAGAAGGGGAGUUCUCAGAGGCUCGGGAGGACAUGGCUGCUCUGGAGAAGGAUUACGAAGAAGUGGGUGUGGAUUCUGUUGAAGGAGAGGGUGAAGAGGAAGGAGAGGAAUACUAAAGCAAAAUGUCACAAUGGUGCUGCUCAUACAGGGAAUAUUAAACUAUUUAACAUUCAGGUUUUGGUCUGAUCGGUUAAUUUGUGAUAUUUCGAUACCAUUGUUAUCCCUAAAAUAACUGAUCUGUGCUUUAAAACAUGAAAUGUUACAAGCCCAAACCAUCCACCAAGGUUUUGGAUUUGUGAAUAAAAGGCAUUCCCUGUCCUAGAAA